CUAGCAGGACAGAAAUCCCUCAAGCAUCAAAAAGCAGAAUCAUGACCAGCAGCUUUUCCCAACCAGCCCUGCAGCUCUGCUAUGAGAACACGAAUGGAUCCUGCAUUAAAACUCCCUAUUCAAAAGGGUCCCGGGUCAUCCUGUACAUGGUCUAUGGCUUUGGGACUGUGUUGGCAGUGUGUGGGAACCUCCUGGUGGUGAUUUCAGUUCUCCAUUUCAAGCAGCUGCACUCCCCAGCCAAUUUUCUCAUCGCCUCUCUGGCCAGCGCUGACUUCUUGGUGGGCAUCUCUGUGAUGCCCUUCAGCAUGGUCAGGUCCAUCGAGAGCUGCUGUACCCUUGUUAUGAUCAUUCUUUACAGCAAAAUAUUUUUGGUAGCCAAACAGCAAGCUGUAAAAAUCGAAACUUCUGUAAGUGGCAACAGAGGUGACUCAUCCUCAGAGAGUCACAAAGCCAGAGUGGCCAAGAGAGAGAGGAAGGCUGCAAAAACCUUGGGGGUCACUGUGGUGGCGUUUAUGGUCUCGUGGCUCCCAUACACAGUUGACGCAUUGGUUGAUGCUUUCAUGGGCUUCAUCACUCCUGCCUAUGUCUAUGAAAUCUGUUGCUGGAGUGCCUAUUAUAACUCAUCCAUGAACCCUUUGAUUUAUGCUUUCUUUUUUCCUUGGUUUAGGAAAGCCAUAAAGCUUAUUUUAAGUGGCGAGAUUCUAAAUGGACAUUCAUCAACUACAAAUUUAUUUUCAGAAUGA